GACUGACAAUCAUAGUACGAGAUUGGCGACUGGGUCUUAAGAACAGCCAAAUGGGCUCGGCAGGUUGCACCUCAUCAUCCGACAUAUACUGCCAGACCCCCACGCGUCAUGCCGUCUCGUUCUCUAGUCACCGACAAUGAGAGUCUACAAGAUCUGUUUGAUUUGCCCGUAGCGAACCGUCAAGACAUUCAAAUCAUCAAACCUUCGCAUAAGAACCCAACUAGGCCUGGCGCAACACGUGGCAAGACACCUCGCUACAGCUGGGCUACAGCUCAUCAAAAUUACCUCUUCGAGCUCAUGGAGCUAGCUAUGCUCUUACUCAACAGGCCCCUCAGGUUUCACGACUUUGAGGCGAUUACUGAAGCGUUGAAUAGAGAGUUUCGAGGCACAAUCGUUGAAGGCAUUGCUUACGCUGAGAGGGGGGUCAAUCCGGUCAAUACUUAUGUCAUGAAGGGAUGUAAGCAAAGGUAUGACACGUUAGUAAGACGUUUGUUUCCGUCCGUUUGAGCAAGGAGUGGAACAAUGAGGCAUGGCCAUGCAAGAAGGAUGGUUUGUUGUCUCUCGUUUGCUUGUAAGAUUACAAUGCGGAGUAGAAGCAGGCUUUGCUUUUUUACGUACAGCAAAAAUUCAAUUUGUAGAAGUAGGCAUAAUAUCAUGAAAGCUCAGAUUGCAAGAGAAACUGCCUAAAUGUGCCGGAACUUUGGGGACAUUCUUUUAACGUUGAAAUCAAAUUUUACGAGGAAACUUUGGAGCAUUGAGCGCCGUACAAU